AUGCGCCGACUGCACGUUCCCCGUCCCAACGCUCCUUUAUUCCGCCGACUCUUCUCCAACGUACAACCUCUCCGCGAUGCCAACGUGGUUGAGCUUGCUUUCCACCGACACGACCCUCCCGACGUUACCACCGCCAAAGGUCCGCCGAUAAUCAUUAUGCAUGGUCUCUUUGGGUCCCAGCGAAAUAACCGCACCAUGAGUAAAGCCCUAGCGAAAGACCUCUCCCGACCAGUUUACACCGUCGACCUGCGCAACCAUGGCGAUAGCCCCCACAGCCCAGUGCACGACUACACGUCGAUGGCCGAGGAUAUGGAACAUUUCAUCUCAACCCAAAAGAUCCCUCGCCCCACACUGAUUGGACACAGCAUGGGCGCCAAGGUCGCCAUGACCCUCGCCCUGCGCUCACCGGGGUCCUACUCGGCCUUGGUUCCCGUGGACAAUGCGCCCGUGGACGCCGCAUUGAAAUCUGACUUCGGUACCUACAUGACCGCCAUGCGAGAGAUCGAAGAGCACAGACCACGCAUCCAACGACAGAGCGACGCAGACAAGAUCCUAGCGAAAUACGAAAAGGACAUCGCUAUUCGGCAGUUCCUGUUGACAAACCUGGUCAAGACUCCGCCCGGCGGAGUGCCGCAUGUGCAUCAUGCAGGCGACCAUCGCCAUGUGCAGAAAACGGAGCUGCGCUUUCGGAUACCACUCGCGACGCUGGCGAGGUCACUGCCUGCGAUGGCAGACUUUCCGUUCAAAGAACCCGACACGGCGAGGUUUGAGGGACCAACAUUAGUUGUGAGGGGAACGAAAAGCCAUUAUGUUGCUGAUGAGACGUUGCCGGUUAUUGGGCGAUUUUUCCCGCGGUUUGAGCUGUUGGAUUGUGAUUGUGGGCAUUGGGUUAUGAGUGAGCGGUUUGAGGAGUUUAGGCAAGGGGUAGCGGAGUGGAUCACAAGGGCUGUUGAUGAGGAGUAG